AUGCCCUUUACAUCUUUUGUCAGCCGCUUCUUCUCGCGCUCCUUUGCUCUCUCUCCUCAAAUGUCCAUCGCUCCCGAAACCGGCGCCGGCGCCGGCGCCGUCACGGCGCUCCCCGCUGGCGCACAGCUCUGCACCGUCGCGGCCGGCUGCUUCUGGGGCACCGAGCACCUCUACCGGCGACACUUUGCCGGCAAGGGCCUCCUCGACGCCAAGGUUGGCUACAUUGGCGGGGACCUGACCGACCCGAGCUACCGCGCCGUCUGCGGCGGCAAAACUGGCCACGCCGAAGCCGCGCAAAUCAUCUUUGACCCCAAGCAAGUCUCGUACCGUCAGCUCCUCGAAUUCUUCUACCGGUUCCACGACCCGACCACGCUCAACGCCCAAGGGCCCGACACCGGCCCGCAGUACCGCUCCGCCAUCUACUUCCACGACGCCGAGCAGGAAAAGGUCGCGCGCGAGGUCACGGCCCAGGCCAACGCCCAGUGGUGGAAGGGCGCCAUCGUCACCGAGAUUGCGCCCGCCGGCAAGUGGUGGACGGCCGAGGAGUACCACCAGCUGUACCUGGACAACAACCCGGCCGGCUACGAGUGCCCCAGCCACUUUCUGCGUCCGUUUAAGCCGCUCGAGUGA